UUCGAGAGGAGCAAGACAGAGGGGGUUUCAUAUAGGGCAACACAAGUUUACACAACCAGAACCUAGCUUGUUAUAAUUUAAAGUAUCCGAUUCUUCUCGCAGUUUGAUUUAUCCUCGAUUGGAAGAUGACCACAGCCGUGUUGUCGCCUUUCUUCGACUUUAGCGAAGUGAUCAGCAACAAGAACAAAAUGCUGAACUACAGUAACAACAUCCUCAGUACACCGCACCCUGUCUCUGUCCCUUGCACGGGGGCAAAUCUGCCCAUCUCCAACCCCACUGGGUGCCUGCUGGACAGGAAGGCUGUGGGGACGCCCUCCACUGGGGUUUACCAGCGCCGGCACUCUGUCACUUUGGCUAGCACCAAACUCAACCAAAACCAGUUCUUGAACAUUGCUAAGGCAGAUCCUUCCCUGCUCGGCUCAGGGACAGGAACCACCGGCAGCAGCAACAAAGAGAACCGACUUCGAGACCGCUCCUUCUCAGAGACGGGGGAUCGCCUGCUACAGAAGUGUUCGGGCCCUGGAGGCCCCAACAGCCAGGUCAACUCGAGCCGUUACAAGACAGAGUUAUGCAGGCCAUUCGAGGAGAACGGUGCCUGCAAGUACGGUGACAAGUGCCAGUUUGCCCAUGGCAUUCAUGAGUUGCGCAGCCUCAGCCGCCAUCCCAAGUACAAGACGGAGCUCUGCCGCACAUUCCACACCAUCGGCUUCUGCCCCUACGGUCCGCGAUGCCACUUCAUCCACAAUGCAGAGGAGCGCCGCGGACCUCCUCCAACCCCAUCCCCCCUUUCGGCCUCCAACAAGAUGGAGAGGCCUCGGCUGCAACACAGCUACAGCUUUGCGGGGUUCCCCAGCUCUGGAGGCUUGAGGGACAGUCCCACCUCGGUCACCCCUCCACCUAUAUUUCCGCCUGACGAUCUCCCCGACUGGCCUAGCAGCAACCCCUUCACGUAUUCCAGCCAGGAGCUGGCCAACCUCUUCAGCCCCAGCCUGGGAAGUGCACCUUUGUCCUGCUCCGACCCUUCCACCCAGGCGCCAUCUUCCCCAACACCAACCCCUUACUACUUCAGGGCCAUGUCAGAGUCUCCCCAACUCUACGAGUCUCCAUCCAGUCAGCCAGAUUCGCUUUCUGACCAAGAGGGCUACCAGAGCAGCUCGAGCGGAAGUCUGAGUGGCUCCGAAUCUCCCGUCCUUGACACCACACGCCGACUGCCCAUCUUCAGCAGGCUUUCCAUCUCCGAUGACUAAUGCGCAUUGAGCCGGACCCCAUCCCCCUUUCUACUGCACGCAGCAGUCUUGGGCAGAGAGGAUGAGACGCUAGCACUCCCUCUACCUCUCGCCAUUUCUCCGGCCCCCUAGAAGCCGUAGACUUCCCUCCUUGUAUCGCCUCUACUCUGAAACCGAUGCAGUGAAUUAAGGGAUCUUUCUCUUUUUGAGUACUCUUUUUAACCAGAACAAGCUAAAACUCUCCCAGCCUCAAGACCCUUCUGUUUUCCGAGCCUCAUCUCGCAGAGCCCAUUGGUGUGACUGUGCCAAACACGCAGGAAGUGGAUUAGCGAAAUGCUAAUCGUGAGAGGUAUGAGACUGUUGUGCCAGGUGCCACAGCUGCAGUCAAGUGUAGCGAAGCCUGUGGCACGGUUAAGGGUGAGAUCUGCGCCCUUCCCCCCCUCACAAAUUGCCACUCUUCUCAAGGACACUCUUUCAUAACUACCUAAAGUUCACAAGUGUCAUGCUUAGACCUUUCACAACUGUCUUUGUAGACCGGUUUAAAGCGUAAAGAGGAAAAGAAUAUGAAAAAAAGACAAGUGCCUGGGGUUAAGUGUUGGGGUGAAUAGACCACUGUUUCUUUUAUCUUUAAUAUAUAUUUUUUCGUUCCUUGUGGCCUAAUUAUGUAGCUCUUGUUUUGAGUGUGUGCUCUCCCUCCCUUGAAGUUGCAGAUUACACAUUAGUCUGCUGGAAGGACUUCUCUCAUAUGGGUUGAAUGGGAAUGGAGCUCUGGAAUAUUUCAGGCACAUUUAAAUGUUCAAUCAGGUGCUAUGUGCUCCAUGUCUCGCUUACAGCUAGCCUGAGAUGUCUCCACUCAAAAAUGAACAAUUCCUUACGAUUUUUGUUGUUGUUGUUGUUAGUGCCCCUUUUUCCCAUUAGUUGCUGCCUGGUUACUUAACGUUUGUUGGGAAGGGAAUCUUGUUAUUAAACCUUACAGACAAACUCUUUCUUCUGUCCCACCUCAAAAUGCCGCCUUCCCUCAGUCCAAUCGGCAAACAGAGGGGGAAUUCCAUCAUUCCCAAGGUGCAGUUCAACCUCCUGCAGCUUCACUUUAGUUUUUCAUGCACGUUUUCUCUCUCUCUCUCUCUCUCCAUAGAUUCUGCUCAGAGGAGCACUUUGUAAUUUUGUCAUCUUUCCACCUCUUGGUUUUGAUUUUUACUAUGGUCAUUGUUUAUUAUUAUUAUUAUGGUUAUAUUAUUGUUAUUGUUUGAAAACCUUUCAGAACAGAAGGUUUUGCUUGUCACUGCUUAUUUAACUUAUCAAAAACAUAUUUAUUGGUGAUCAUAUGCAUUUUUUGUUAAUUUUGUUUGUAUUUAUCUUGAUAAUGAAACGAUAGAAUAUAUUUUCUUUUAUGUUAAAUUAUGAUCUUCUGUAUUAAUCUUAAGAUUGUGAAGACUUGUCAGCUUUCUUUUUUCACAGUUUAAUAUAUUGUACUACAAUGACUUUUGUUGGCAACUACACUUAAUUUAAAGCAAAAAAGCAAAAGCAAAAAAAAUCUUCUGCAUUUUGAUUUAUUUAUUGUCAUUCCCUUUUCCCAAACAUUUGACUGCAAAAUCAGUACUACCACACAAUCAUUCCUUGAAAAUAAACUCAUAUGAUUAUAUCAGUACAGGUAUUUUAAAAAUGAAAGGAAGAAAAUACUUUCCACUUCCACACUCCACCCCCCGUCGUUUCUUAGAAAAUCGUUUCUUAAGCACCAAAUGUUGCAUUUUGUUGUGAAUAACGGACUUGGAUUACAAAUCCAGUUUACUGAAUGCCUGAGCCUGGUGAGAGAUAUGAUAUAAUAUGGAAAAAAUUAUCAACACGCAUUGUUUUUUCAGAUUAACAAGUUGAUUCAAGAUGCAGGAGUUUUGUGGCCUUAAAACACAAGUACCACAUUUUUAAUGCCACCAUGAAGUGCUUUUUUAUUGUUUCGAUUGUUCGUUACAAAGGUUUAAUGAUGUUGCAAGUAAUAAACCUCCAGUGUUAAAGCAGUUUAUUCGAUUAUGGUGGUGGUGGAUAUGAUGAAUUGCAGGCAAUAAUUGUGACCUAAUGGGUUAAAGUUCUGUUGUCUGUGGACGUUUAGAGCUUCCAGCCCAUAUGUAAAGUGCCUCUUUACACAUUCCAGGAGCAAGCAUUCUUUGCCUUAAAUAAAGCUGGGAUGUUAUUUUUUUAUGACUUAUUGCUUGUAUCUUCAGUGGUUAAAGCAAUGAUUGUCCAAGUUGGUUAACAGUAUAGACACAAAGAAAGUAAAAAAAAGAGUUGAAUGUAUUUUUUUUUCAUAUUAACAGCUAUUGCUGUUCACUACAGUGAUUUCUAUGAGUUUAUAUAAGAUUGAUCUCUUUUUGUAAUGACUGAUUGCAGUUAAAACCAAUAAAAACCCAUAUUUUUGAAAAAA